UAAUUUAAAAGUCGCCUGGUAACUGCUCACAAAAUUCGGCCAUUUUGAACCAUUGAAAAGCUACUCUUCUCGAAAGCAAUACCAUAAUUGCAAAGAGGCAAUACAAUUGUCAUAUAAAUUGUGUUGAAUCGUUCAAUAUGCUCAGUUUAGCAACAUUGUUAUUAUUUUUUUCAUCAAUAUCUUUGACAUUUUGUGAAGAAGAAAAUGUAUUGGAAAAGCAGGUGUUGCAUUAUGUGAAGCCAAGUGUUGAUGGUGCUGCCCAUUUUUCAGAAGCAUUUCAUGAUGAGUCUGAGUUUAAUUCAAGAUGGAAAAAAUCUGAAGCAAAGAAAGAUGGAGUUGAUGAAGCAAUAAGCAAGUAUAAUGGUGUAUGGGCCAUUAAAGAGCCAAAGGAAAAUCCUAUGCUUGGUGAUAAUAGUCUUGUUUUAGUUUCUGAAGCCAAACAUGCUGCAAUAUCUACUAUGUUAGACAAACCAUUUAAGUUUGAAAAUAAACCAUUGAUUGUUCAGUAUGAAGUUCGUUUCCAAAACACUCAUGAGUGUGGUGGGGCUUAUAUAAAGCUUUUAUCAGAAUCUCCAUCGCUUAAUCUAAAAGUUUUUAAUGACAAAACACCAUACACCAUUAUGUUUGGCCCAGAUAAAUGUGGCGGAGAUUCUAAGAUUCACUUCAUCUUUCAACAUGAAGAUCCUAUAACACACAAAAUGGAAGAAAAACAUGCAAAAAAAUCCGAAGGCGAUUUCAGCAAAAUAUUUGAUGACAAGAAAACUCAUUUAAUGACAUUAAUAGUGAGACCUGAUAACAGUUUUGAAAUACUUGUUGACAAAGUAAAAGUAAAUGAAGGCAGCCUGCUUACUGAUAUGGAGCCCCCAGUUAAUCCUCCUAAAGAAAUUGAUGAUCCAGAAGACAUUAAACCUGAUGAUUGGGAUGAAAGAGAAAAAAUUAUAGAUUCAACUGCAACUAAACCUGAGGACUGGGAUGAAGAUGCACCUAAGCAAAUAGUUGAUACUAGUGCAACAAAACCAUCUGGUUGGUUAGAUGAUGAGCCAGAACUCAUUGCUGAUCCUGCUGCUGUACGUCCAAGUGAUUGGGAUGAUGUUGAAGAUGGGGAAUGGGAAGCACCACAGAUUAGCAAUCCUAAAUGUAAAGAAGUAGGAUGUGGAAAGUGGCAAGCUCCUCUCAAAAAUAAUCCUGAUUACAAAGGCAAAUGGACUGCUCCUCUGAUUACAAAUCCUAACUACAAGGGUGUCUGGGCUGCAAAGAAAAUACCUAAUCCCAACUACUUUGAAGAUUUAAAUCCAUUUGCAAUGAAACCAAUUGUAGCAGUAGGAUUUGAACUUUGGUCAAUGCAAUCUGAUAUUGCUUUUGAUAAUCUGAUUGUUUCUGAUGAUGAUUCAAUUGUAAAUCAAUGGACUCUACAAACUUGGCAACUUAAAUAUGAAAAAGAAGUUGAAAAUACACCAAAUGCCAUAGUUAGUUUGUGGAGUUCAUGGAUAGAAACAACAAAUGAAAAACCAUGGCUAUGGGUUGUUGCUGCAUUUGCCAUUCUUUUACCAAUUGUUCUUAUUUAUAUUUUCUGUUUUCCCAGUAAAGACUCUGUUGCUGAGCGAAAGAAGACAGAUGCUGUUGUUCCAGAUGAGGAACCCAAUGACAGUAAUGACUCCGCAGAUGAAGAAAAAGAUGAUUCCACAGCUGAAAACAAGAACUCCGAUUCAUCUCUUAAAGAAAAAACAAACGAAGAUACAAAAAAACCCAAUAAACUAGAGGAAAGCGAGGAGGAGGAAAAAGAAGUUGAAACAGUUGAAGACGAAAUUCCAAGUCCAUCUCCAAGGACUCGAGCUCGACGCAAGACGCGCAAAGAGUAGUGUAGCCCGUUAGUAUGUUUUGAUAUUGAAUGUUUUCUUCGAUGCAACCUUGGUAAAUUAUUUAAAUGGUUAGACUCUGUUGUAAGUCUUAGAAUAUCUUAGUUAGUUUAUUGAAGUUUUGAAAUGUUAAAGAAAUAAACGUUUGUAGAA